AUGGUUGAACCAACUCGCCUAUUUACUCUAGAUGAAUUUCUCAUAAAAUUACAAAUAUCACAAAAAUAUACAAGAGUUAUCUAUUUGGAUUUUCGACGGGAAAAUGUUAAACAACCAUUUCGUUUUAAAAACAUCCAAUUUCUCUAUAUGGCCAUUAGUCUUAUGAUUAUUGACUGUAUCUGCAAUAUAAUGAAAAUCAUUAUCGAAAUAAGUUCUAAUCGUUUAAGUGAAGCAAAACAAAUCGGUGCUGUCUUCAGUAUUGAAUUCUUGUGUUUAGUGCGUGGCCUUUCGGUAUUGACAAAAUAUCACAGUAUUUUAGAUUUAACCAAUUGUUUAGAUAAAAUAUUUCCUCGUAAUCGUGAUUUACAGAAACGUAUGAAUAUUAUGUCGUUCGUUCGCUAUUUAGAAAUAAGACAUCGUAUGUUGCAUAUUUAUGCUAUAGUUGGUUUAACCGCAUUUAUUGGUCUACCUUUGCUGAAAUAUUUGAUAUACUAUGAUCGCUCUAGUGGUUUACCAUUAUUAGAUGAAUAUCAUCAACAUGCUUCUUGGUUCCCAUAUCAACUAAAGCAAAGUAAUCGCGCCUAUCCGUUUAUGUAUAUCUAUGAGACUUUGAUAACGAUUUUCGGUAUAAAUUGUAUGUUUACUUGGGAUCAUAUUUAUACCGUGUCGGUGGCUCAAUUUGUUAUGCAUUUUGAUUUUAUUAACGCUCAAGUCGAGAAAUUGGAUGUCAAGAGAACUUUGGAGGGUAAAAAGUCGAAGGAGUUUUAUAGAAGUUUAAAAGAAAUUAUAAUUUAUCAUCAGCAUAUUCUUGAAAUAGGUGAAAAAUUGCGUAAAACUUUUAAUAUAUCCCUAUUUUUAACGGAUAUAGUAAGUGCGGCUUCAAUAUGUUUUCACGUCUAUUUGAUGGCCAAUAGUGAUGACAUUAUUGCCAUUGUACUAUUCAUAUUCCCCUGUUUCGUGCAAGUGGCGUUUACAUUUGAUAAUUGUUAUCAGGGCACUCGAGUGGCUGAAGCGAGUGCCCGCUUACCAGUAGCUCUAGCUCAACAAAAUUGGUACGAAGGUUCUUUGGAAUAUCGUAAAUUUUACAUAAUGCUGCUAAUGUUUGCCAACAAUUCGUUUACAUUAAGUGGUUAUAAAAUGUUUAGUAUAGAUAUGGUACAUUUUCGGGGGAUCAUGAUGAUUGCUUAUAGAUUGUUUACUUUUCUGCAGACAAGGGGUAAAAAGAGUUAUCGAUAG